AUGUCAGAAAAUAAUAAUAAUAAAAAUAAUAAUAAUGAUAAAGAGGAAUACAAGUCAUGCGGACCAAAUUGUUAUUCAUGCACAUCACCAAGAAGUAAUCAUAUUGAAAUUGAUCAAUUAAUCGCCAAUAAUCAUGCCUGGUCAACUAGAAUAAAACAAGAAGACCCAGGAUUCUUUAAUCAUUUAGCAGAAGCACAAAAACCACGUUUCCUUUGGAUCGGAUGUUCCGAUAGUAGAGUCCCAGCCGAACGUUUAACUGGUUUGCAACCAGGUCAAGUUUUUGUACAUCGUAAUGUAGCAAAUUUAGUAAUUCAUACAGAUUUAAAUUGUCUUUCCGUUAUUCAAUACGCUGUCGAUAUUCUUCAAGUUGAGCAUAUUAUCGUUUGUGGCCAUUAUGGUUGUGGUGGUGUUGCCGCUGCAUAUGAUAACCCAGAAUUAGGUUUAAUUAAUAAUUGGUUACUCCAUAUCAGAGAUUUAUUAUUCAAACAUAGUAGUCUUAUUUCUUCAUUAGAAGGUAAUAGAAAGCGUCUUUUAGAUACUCUUUGCGAAUUAAAUGUAGUAGAACAAGUUUUCAACAUUGGUAAUUCCACAAUUAUGCAAUCUGCAUGGAAAAGAGGUCAAGAUGUUAAAAUUCACGGUUGGAUUUACGGUAUUCAAGACGGUUAUUUAAGAGAUUUAGGUGUUACUGCUAAUUCAAGACAUACUUUAGAACAAAACCACAAGAACGCUAUUUCAAAAUUAAAAGAAAAUAUUUCAUUAUCAACUAGUAAUUCAUAA